AUGCUCAAGCAUCUCAGCAUCCUCGCCGUCGCCGCCGGCCUCGCCUCCGCCACUGGCCUCGCCAAGGUCACCAACCAGUGCGACUUUGAAGUCACGCUGUGGUCCGUCGGCAAGGACAUUUCCGUCGGCCGCACGCUGGCCAAGGGCGAGUCCUACGCGGAGCCCUUUGCCGUCGACCCCAAGACGGGCGGGCGCACCCUCAAAAUCACGCGCGACCGCGACGGCCUCUUCACCGGCAAGCCCCAGACAAACUUUGCCUACAGCCUCACCCCGCCCAGCAUCUGGUACGACCUCAGCGACGUCUUUGGCGACCCGUUCAAGGGCUACAAGCUGCGCCUCGCCAGCGACGACGAUACGUGCCCGGCCGUCCAGUGGGACAAGGGCGUGCCUCUGGGCGGGAACCACACGCACGUCUGCCGCGCCGACGCUUCCGUGGUCCUUACUCUCUGCGCUUGA